AUGUCUUCUCCCUCAGAAGUGCUCCAACAAAACGCCACGGCCGGAGUCAAUCUCAAGGCCGUCUCCGUCACCGGCGGCGAGCAGUUUUCAGACAACUUCUUCAACAAGCUGCUGUCACCGCUGCUCUCCUCUGCCGACCUCACCGUCGGCCAGCUCAACAGCAGGUGUCAGUCGGCCCUCGGAAACCUCGCGUUCACAGGCUGUUUCGACAGUGUCGCGGCCAAAGUGGAGCCCGCCGCGCAGGAUCCGCACAGCCCGCUUUGUGUGACGGCGAAAUUCGACCUUAUUCCCGCCAAAUUGGCCCACACCACCGUCGGCAGUGUCUACACCCCAGAGGGCAACCAAUUGAUGCUCAAUUACAUCAACAACAACACGUUUGGCAACGCGGAGCUACUACAGGUGUCGUCGCUGGCCGGACUCGUGCCAGAAUCGCCUGUGCGGCUGCUCAACGUGCUGUACAAGGCUCCCAUGGUGGACACGUCGCUGAAACUGUUUGCGGACGGGUUUGUGUCGAAUGCAAACGACGCACGCUUCCAGUCGGAGCAGCAAUGGGUCGGCUCGGGAACGCUGGGCGUGGAGAAACUGAAGCUGUUCAGGAACUUUACCGCUGCCUUCUCGGCAGCCAUCUCGCUCGUCAAGAGAACGACGCUGCGCGUCAGCGACGGUGCCAGCGACGAGAUCAAAACCUACGCGGGCGACCAUUUCAAAGAGUCGGUGCUGCUUUCCGUCGCAUGCGAUAGGCUCACAUACCUGCCGGCGUCCAAAAACGCACUUCCCCUUAACGGGUUCCACUGGAGCCUGAGAAACGAGCUCACGGGGCUUUCCAACACCAGCCCAGAAAAAUUCGUCAAGUUCGAGUCGUCGCUGCAGCUCAUCAAGUCGGUCUUCAGAAACAGCCUCACGCUGGACUGCCAGCUCGCGGCAGGCCACAUCGUCAACCUUAGCGGCUCCAAAACCAUCCAUUACCACGACAAGUUCUAUCUCGACGUGCUGGGCUCCAAAACGCUCGGCUACCCAAGUCUCAGCGAGACCCGGUUUGGCGGCACCUCCUAUGUCAGUGGAAACCUGAGACUGCUCUCCAGACUGCUUUUUGUCGACCCUGCCUACCCGCUGCGUGUGUACGUCGGCCUCAACGGCGGCCAGGUGGCCUCCGACCCGGCACAGCUGCUCAGCUGGCGCUCGGGCGCAGCGUUGGGCCUCACCUACAAAGUCGGCUCUGUGGCCCACUGCAACGUCUACUACGAGCUGCCGAUCGCCGGCCGCGGCCGCUCCGGCCUCGGCUUCAAUGUGGCUCUCUACGGCGACUACUAGCGCUCAAAACAUUCGGGUCUAGAUUCUCUAGCAUACUAUAGACAAGACAAUUGUAGAAUUACUUCUCCUCCCCUUCCCGCUCCUCUUUCUCGGCCAGAUACUUGUCGAAAGCGUCGUUCUUGUUGGAGAACGGCCGUUUGCCCAGCAGCCGGAUCAUGUCCUCUCUGGUGAUCACCUCUUUCGACAGCAGCUCCUCGGCAACAAGUGCCACCUCCUUGGAUUUUUCCAUCAACAAACCCUUGCACCGCUGGUAGCAUUCGUCCACAAUGCGGUGGAUCUCGGAGUCGAUCAGGCUCGAGGUCUUGUCGCUGAACGGUUUCGUCAUGUCGUUGCCGCGGUCCACGUUGUAGUUCACAAGCCCCACCUUCGGCGACAUGCCGCACUCCAGCACCAUCUUCUGCGCUAGAUUCGUCACCUUUUCGAAAUCGUCCGAGCCGCCGCUCGUGACAGAGUUGAAGUGCAGCUCCUCCGACACACGCCCGCCCAACGUCAUUGUCAUGCGGUCCAGCAGUUUUCUCGUGCUGUACAGAUAAAUGUCUGGCGGCAGAUACUGCGCAUAGCCCAGGGCCCCCUGGCCACGCGGCACAAUCGACACCUUGAGCAGCGGGUCGGCGUUCUCCAAGAACCAGCCACAGAUGGCGUGUCCGGCCUCGUGGUACGCAACAAUGCGCUUCUCGUCCGGUGACAGCAGCUUGCUUUUCUUCUCCAGCCCAGCAAUCACACGCUCAAUCGCCUGCUCGAAGUCGUGCAGGUCGACAAACUCCUCGUUGUGCCUGGCCGCGAUCAGAGCGGCCUCGUUGCAGCAGUUGGCAAUGUCUGCGCCGGAAAAGCCGGGCGUCAUCGUCGCAAGCCUGCCCUUGAGAUCGUCCAGGUCGGCCCCUUCCUUCAGCUUGAUGUUGCGCAGGUGCACGUCGAAAAUGGCCUUUCUGCCCUCCAGCUCCGGGUUGUCUAGAUAUAUCUUCCUGUCAAACCGGCCCGGUCUGAGCAAUGCCUGGUCCAAAACAUCGGCACGGUUCGUGCCCGCAAGCACCACCACGUAGUCAGAUGUGGUGAAACCGUCCAUCUCGACGAGCAGUUGGUUCAAGGUGUUUUCUCUCUCGUCGUUGCUGCCGGCAGUACGGCCUUUUGACCGCGACUUGCCGAUCGCAUCGAUCUCGUCCACAAAGAUAAUCGACGGCGCGUUUUCGCGCGCCGUCUUGAAGAGCUCGCGCACCCGCGACGCCCCGACUCCAACAAACAUCUCCACAAACUCAGACCCAGAAACGCUGUAGAACGGCACGCCCGCCUCACCGGCCGUCGCCUUCGCCAGCAUCGUCUUUCCCGUUCCCGGAGGGCCUGUCAGAAUGGCUCCCCGCGGGAUCUUGGCGCCCAAACGCUCGUACUUUUCUGGAUUUUUCAGAAACUUGACAAACUCCAUGAUCUCCUCCUUGGCCUCGUCACAACCAGCAACGUCGUCAAACUUGAUCUUGACGCUUUUCUCCGCAUUAAACCGCUUGAAACGGUUGCCUGCAGCGCCAAAUAAGCCACCCCCAAUGCCCGGAGCGCUGUUGAGCAUCUUUUUCGACGACCAGAUGAUGAACGCAAACAACAGCACCGUCGGCAGGAUAUUGUACAGCGCCUUGAACACAGACGCGUUCUGCACAUAUAUCACUGGCAGCCGCAACUCCUCGGGAACAUUGUUCUCCUCUUGCGCCUGCUUCAGCUUCUCCUCAAACACCUGCACAGAGCCGAUUGUGAAGUAAUACUCGGUGCGCGAGUCGUGCACCGGCUGGCUCCGACCCAACUCGUUCAUCACCACCCGCACAAGGUUGUUGUUGACCACCACCAGCUUCUCCACGUAACCUUUGUCCAGCAGCGAUGUGCGGAACUCCUGCCACGUGAUCUCGUGCUCGUGCGACUCCAGGGAAAAAAGAUAGUACAUCAACAGUCCCGUCGAAAUCCAAAACAACAGCACGUCGGGCCUCAAUCCGGGCCCCAUUGGACCCAUAGGCCCUGUAGGAUUUCCACCCACGCCUGAACCGUCGCCCUUGCCGGCGCCUCUCGUAGGCGAACUGAACUUGCUGCCAAACAACCCGUCCUUGUCUUCCCGCUCGUUGAACCGCUCCUGCUUUUCAGUAUGGUAAUCCAGCAGCGACUUGUGGAACUUGUGCACGUUCUCCAUCUUCUCACCCGCACGAGUGGCCAUCUCGUCUGUCAGAAUCGUGUUGAUCAUUUUUGUCGAGGACGGCGAAAUAAGUCCACCAAUCUCGUACUUGUCGAACAGCUGUCUGAUUUUCUCCCUCUGUUCCUCCUCGCUCAAAUCCUUUUUGUACCAAAUUUUCUUCAAAUCGAUCAACAGCUCUUCGGCCUCCUCGUCAGUCAAUUCACGAUCGCCGUCGCUGUUGAAUUUCUUCGAUGAGUUGAAACGAACACCACCAGACCUGAGAAACCGCCCAGAGGGCCCAACAGUGCUCGGAACCUUGAAAUUGGCUAAAUCCGCAGUCGGGGACACCUUAUUGGACACCGUCCGGGAUACCUGCCUGUUCAGCAGUAAACGGGCCCCACAGCGCAAAAAAGAGACGUUCCGGCUCGGAAACGCCCGGCACAUUCGUGUAACAGACAUAAACCUAAAUAUCAGCGGCUAGCGUAUCAAAAAUGCGGUCGUAUUGCCAGCUAACCCGUCUAUGUCUAGAUUCGCCACUCUUGAAAAACUACAAUUUUACUGAAAAUAACACAGAUUAAUUCUUCAGGUGGUCGUGCAUGUAUCAAUCUCGGAUGGCCUAGACUGUAGAAACGAUCUCCGAAGCGUGUUUGAGCACCUCCACCAUCUUCUUGCACUCCUUUCUUCUUGCAACAGUGAUCUCGUUCUCCUUCACAAGCGAUUCCAGGUCCUUGUUACCGUACAGUUUCUCCAAAAGCACCUUCUGGAUGUCGUUCUUGGACUGCUGGAUCAGCUUGAGCAUCACGGCCUUUGGGACAAUGUCAGCCACCGUCCGCUUGACAAUGUUGAAGUACGAAUGUAUAAGCAACUUUAUCACCUCUGUCUCCUGGGUCUCUCUAUCAGUCAUCUGGCCCGUGGCCUUCAGCACGCUUGGAGGAGCCUCCAUGGCAGCCAACCGUUUUUUAUUCUUGGACGAGAAGAAGCCACCAAAGAACGACGAGGACUUGUUCUCCUCGUCGUUGACGGAUGAGGCCGAGUGUGCUGGAGCAGGUAGCGGCUUUCCUGUCUUUGGAUCAACCUGGACAGGCGUAGGAUGCAAUUUCUCUUGGACCAUGGCAAGCGCCUGAGACCCCUUGAGCAGGUCAGGGUGCGCUGUAUUAAUGUACGUCUGUUCGGCCUUAAUAAUAUCCUCAACAAACGCGUUUGUCGGCAGCACAGACUCCCGUAGGUACUGGAUGAAAAUCUGGGAGAUCUGUUCUUUCAAGCCGGGAUAUCUUGCGUACUCUGGCUGCGCAAGAAUCUGCGACAAAAUACGCACCAGCUCGUCAAACACAAGCGUAAUGCAUCUGAGUGAAGGGUCCUGAAAUCUGUGGAUCUGCUGUUUCACAAGCACCUCAAAAGCCUGUGUGCCCACAAACAACGACGGAGCAGAACCUGACGAGUUGUACAUGAUGGUUCUGAUGUCUGCGUCUUUGAUCUGGUCAAAUGGGUCAAGAGCAUACACUCCGUUCUUGAAGAUCUCGUGGAACACGAAGCUGAUUCUGGCUCCUCCGCUCAGCUCGUUGGACGAGAUGUCCUUGGUUUGUCCGUCCAGGAUUCCCGUGUAGUCGUUGCAGAAGUCGGUGAUCACGCUUAAAACGAUCGAGCUUGGUGACUCGGCCAUCUCCGGACCAAGGGCAGAAAGCUCCUGCUGAUACUUCUUCAACGCUGUCUCGAUUCUGGCCUUGAUCUCAGGAAGUGUGGUUCUAAUGUGGUUCAGCAGGAUCGCAUUCAGCUUCUUGGCCAGGUAAGGAGUACCGCAAUAGUGAGCCUUGCUACUAUACGAAGGAUGAUUCUCGAAGAAUCGUCUCUCGUCGUUCAGGGCCUCUCUGAUGGUCUUGCGACUCUCAAUGUCCUUCUGGCCCCUGUUAAUCACAGGAACGUAUCCGGAUCGCAGCGGGAUCACUCGGCCGGCAAGAAUGUCAAUCACAUCGGUUCCCUGGUCCAUCAGGUCGACCUUCGUCAGCACACCGAUGGUUCUGAGUCCCUCGGGGUCGACCUCUCUGGCCAGCUUCAACCCGUCACUAUUCGCCAGGUCCUGGUUGGCAGCAUUGACAGCCAAGAUGAUGGCGUUCGGCUUCGAUAUAAACUUCAUGAUCAUGUCUCUGAUCUGUUUCUCGAUAUCCUUUGGCUGGUCGCCCACAGGCACUUUCGUGAGUCCCGGCAAGUCGACCAGGGUCAGCGUCAGCACGUGUGGCGAAUAGAUCCGCAGAUUGAUGGGCACAGAGCUGAUUCCGGCAUUUUUGCCCGUCUUGGCCUCCGUCUCCCUCACGAUCUCAUCCCUGAUAUCGUCGAAAUUGUAGAACUUCUUGCCCGGCAGGUGCAGAAACUCUCCCCAUUCUUCAGCGUUGUUCUCUGUCUUGUUUCCCUGCGCGUCUGUGGUCUGGAUGUCAAUCAGAUCGCUUGCAGCACUCUUGCUGUUGCUGCGCCGGUUGAUCAGUUGCAAAAUCAGCGGCCGUCUAGUCACAAUGCCCGUUCCUCUAGGAAGGAACUCGCGGCCAACAAUGUUCUCCAACACAGAGCUCUUUCCCGACGAUUGGGACCCGACAACGGUUAUCUGCGGCAGAUCAACCGGCGAGGUCGAGCCGGAGCCAAGAGGCGCGAGAGCGUCCUGGAGCUUGUUGAUAGUUUGGAUUAAUGUUUCAUCCAUAGUGGCAAUAACAGCGAAGCGAAAUAAUAAAAUAUAAAUAACAAACUUUGUUACCCGGCGGGACUCGAAUUUUGUCCCACCAGCCACAAACUGUAGGCACGUUCCACAGCGUUCCAUGAAGGGGAGGAGGGAAAGCACCGCCUCAGCGACUGGAGGGGGUGUGGCUGGUCCUGCUGCUAAGUCCAGAAAACAACUUGGCACAAGUCGAGACUACUGCCGCUGCUCGCAGCCCGGACCUCGCGUCCGCUCCGAUAGCAGUUUCCCAUCGCGGUAUCUUGACUAUGUCCUUCUCUACAGGUUCCGUAUUGGUGAAAAAGCAAAUCUUUAUUGGGACGCAUGAUUAUGCGUACAGAUAAGAAUUCUUAUCUUUGACGUUGAAAUUCGACAUCUUCCAGAAGGAAAUAAAUAAAAGUGCCCUUUCCUUCUUCUUUCGCCAUGUCAGUUUACGAGGCUGCAAAGCUGGCAAACACGCUAGGAUUCGCCCUCAUGCCGGUGGCCACCAUGCCGACGGUCGGCUCCACGGCGAGUUUAGUGCCAAUCCUGGGCACCGUGCUGGACAUGGCGAACUGCGUGUUGUCGUCGGCAUGGCAGCCAGACCUGAAAAUGGCUCUUUCUCUGGUGCUCCGUGCGUUUCUGGACGCCUAUCUGCUGUUCCUGUGGAUCCAACAGUCACGGAUAAACAGCCCAAUAUCUGCCGCUAGACCCGGCUCUCUGCCCCGUCAAAACCGCUUCUUUUUCACGCCCAGCUCAAUUCCCGCAAACAGGACAGAGACAAUAGACCAUCUGCCACUGUGCAACAACGACAGCAACCUUGUGAUAUCGGGAAGUUACCCUCCGAAACACAAACCGCAAACAGCGCCUGUCCUGGCCGCGCUUCUGGCCGUGUCGCCUGUGCCGUCAAACGCAAGCCCACUAUCUUACAGCCUGCAAAACUCGCCGCCCAUACCUGCCGGAACACCCGCGCAGAUCGGCAUGGUGCUCGUGGUGGCCACCAAGCUAGCAGAGUGCUACAGCACGUACUUCUGUGGCAGGAAACCGUACCAGAAUGUCGGAGAGACGGUAGCUGUGCUCGUUGUUAUGACAACACAUUGGGGGUUUGGUUAUUUAUUCGAUUCUGUCGCACUGCUUGCUGUGGUGCAGGCCCUCAACAUUGUCGCCGUUCUGGGGUUGUUUUUCGUACCAAAACAGAAUCACGGCGCCCUGGCCAAGGCCCAAUACGGAUCGUUGGACAUGUCCGACUCACACGCAGGUCUGUACGACUCUUUCGGCAUCUCCUCCGUUGACAAAGACCAAACGGUGCACACGGUUGAGCAGCUCUGAAAAAUCGCCAAAACCAUGCACAGCCAGGAUGUUUAUUUUGGUGUUCGAUGGAAAAAAAUUUAGUUAGGUCUUGACGUUGACAUGUUGAGUGUGUUUGAAUAUCCAAAGUUGCUUGCGCAGCUCGAGGUGAGUAGAAUAUGUGCACAGUAACAAACUAACGCCAGAAAAUCGUGGUAUACGUGGAGGGCGAGUUAGGCUCGGAAAACGCAGCAGUGCAAAACUUCCGAGCCGAGGCCUCGAGGUUCGCCGAGCUUUACGGCCGCACAAACGAUUUGCGCAUCCUGGCGGCUGUUCCGAAGUCACACGAUCAGUCUGUUGACCCCAAGAUCGCCGAGCUGUGCGAGUUGGACCAACUGCAAACCAGAAACGACUCCAUGCGCUUCAUGCUCAAGCUCGAGGUCGUCAAGAGAGAAAUAGUAAAGCUAGUUGGAGGAGACUGCGACUUGAUUGGCGCCUUCAAGAAUGUUUGGCGACAGCUCGGUAAAUAGACUUCUAAUCUUUGAGAAUAUCCUUAAUUGACCAAUCUGAGUUGUCCAAAGGACACGAGUUUCUUUUCUGGAUCCAUGUAUCGAUGCAGUGAAGGUGGAACGAGUGGUUGCACACUCCCACAGCGCGCGGACACUUUGUGUGGGUUGCUGUUCUCGAGUUUGCGCCAAAGUUCGGGUUAUUGCCGCAGUCGAUACACGGUUCCAUCAGGUGGUUUCUACAGAUAGCACAAGUCUCGUUGUUCUGAUCCCAGGUCCAGAAGGCCACUGCGGUCCACUUUUUGACCUCAAAGCGCUUUUUCUUGGCUUGUUGAGGCGCUGGCGCAGGCAAAUCAAUAUCC